UUUCUCAUUCCUCACUCUGUUUCUCAUUCCUCUCUCUCUCUCUCUCACAUUCACACACACACAUUGCACCUCACAUCUCUCUUUCAUUGAGAUGUCAUCUCACCUCCCUCCCUCUCUCAUCAUGACGUGGACACGACAAUGGUGUAGUCGUUGUUCUCUCCAUUCUCUCUCUCAUCACACCAUCAACAACACCUACGAAUAGAUCGGAUUUAUGCUGAGACCGACAUCGACGGUUUUCUCCCCCUUCACCAGCCGGUUUUGAUUAAGAUUUGGACAUUUUCUUCUUAUCAAUGAAGUUUCCAUUUUGGACCAAAAUUGCACCGAUAUUUUUGAUUUUUAGCCCUGCUUACCAUAGAUUCUCAAAUUGUAGAACAAAGCUAAAGUUUCCCUAUGCCAGAGACAUCCUUUCCCUCAGUCGUUCUCUCUCUCUCUCUCUCUCACAUUCGCUUGAUUUCAAGAUAGGUCCCUCAUUCUUUCUCUCAAAUCUUUUUCUGUUGGAUUUUUCUUUGAAAAGAGCUUUUCGUUUGUAUACUUUAUUCUUUUCUUUCUUUUUUGGAUUUGAGAAAAAUCGUGUUGCCACAAAGUAUAGAGUUUUUUGUUGUUGUUAUUUUUGGGUUAUGGAAUUUUGUUCUCUUGUUUUGUUUAUACUAUUGUUUGAGUGUAAAAGCUAAAUAAUGAGUUGAGAGGUAUGCCAGUUUUAUUUUUGUAUUUUUUAUUUAAAUUCUAUUACUUUUUUAUUCACUCAAACAUAAAUGAUGAGUCUAUGAGAUUCGUCUUCUGCAUGGAAGUAGCCAUGGCGAUGAUGGAUCUAUGAGAUUUGCUUGUCCAGUCUUCUCCUAUCUUCUCUGAAAUCCAAACUCUAUCCUAACAAUGUUAGUUGAGGAGAGAAGGAUCGACGGGCCGGCUUGAGGAGAGGGGAGAAACAAAGAUCUUGGGUAGGGAAAGGAGAUCUAUAGGAUUUGUUCUCUACAAACACUUCUAUUUUAUAUUUACUAAAAUCCAUAUGUGUUGCAUGUUGAUUGGAUGAUGUAAAUCCACUAUAAUUACCGUGUACAGCUUUUGGGUUGAAAAUUUUAUUGAGUUUUGCUACAUACAAGCACAGUCGCGCACUAAUCUGUGUAUCAAUAUUGAUUUAUUCAUACUUAAAAUUUAAAUUAACACUGUUUUCAAUAAAAUCUACUUUUUCACCAAUCACAUUACAUUGGUGCACAGAUUAAUACACAAUUGUGCUUGCAACUAUAUUUUUCCAAUUUUAUUUCUGACUUGACCCAAAGUUAUCUCAAGUUGAAAUAAAUAUUUAUACAGCUUUGCUAGGUACAAACAGGGAUGUGCAAGCGGCAGACAAUCGGAUUGUACGUGAGACUUAUGUGGAAUAAAAAAAUAUAAAAAGGAAAAAAGUUAAUAACCUUUCUCAUUCUCUUUCUUCCUUUUUCGUCUUUUACUUUUUUUUUUCUUGUUUGUUUUCAGUAUACCCAUUUGAGUUCCUCUUCGGAACGGUCGUUCUGUUCUUGGGACUUAAUCAGCCACAAACCAUAGAGGUGACGAGAUAUGGAUCUCGCAGCAAAUCACUUUCAAAUUCCCAUCUUGGCAUUCCCAGCUUCCAAGCACACCGAGAAAUCAUUCCGGCCUCAGUCUCGCGCACCCGUUUCAAAACCGAAUCAACUCUUUGAUUCCCAGGCCUUCACUUCCCCCUCGACAUCUAACGAUCGACCAAGAACGUGCGAGUGUUUAGACUUGUACAAAGACCUGGUUCCGUACGGCGAGGCAUGGUCUUGGCAGAGACGAAUUGUUAGGGAGAAGAAGUCCUUGAUUGAAAGGAGCCAAGAUUGUCCGGACACGCUAAUUAUUCUACAACAUCGCCCCGUUUAUACAUUGGGCACAGAUAGUUCAGAAGAGUAUCUGAAUUUCGACAUCAAAGAUGCUCCUUACGAUGUUUACCGAACCGAACGUGGCGGGGAAGUCACCUAUCAUGGCCCUGGCCAGCUAGUUAUGUACCCUAUUAUCAAUCUCCGAAAUCAUAGAAUGGAUCUUCAUUGGUACCUUAGGGCACUGGAGGAGGUGGUCAUCCGAGUUCUUUCCUCAACAUUUUCUAUCAAGGCAUCUCGGCUUGAAGGUUUCACUGGCGUUUGGGUUGGAGACAAGAAAGUUGCAGCCAUUGGGAUACGAGUAUCUCAGUGGAUAACAUAUCAUGGCUUGGCACUAAAUGUCACCACAGAUCUAACCCCAUUUCAGUCAAUAGUCCCAUGUGGGAUUCGGAACCGUCAGGUUGGAAGCAUUAAAGAGUUGCUAAAAGAACUUCAAUCAUCCACUGGAUGUGUAAAAGCAAAUGUACCUCAUUACAAUGAUUGCCAGCUGAUUGAUAUCACUCACACAUCUUUGAUCAAGGAAUUUUCAGAGUUUUUUAAGCUUGAAAUCCAUCAUAUAAUCAACCCCAUGUUGGAGAUUGAGGAAACACCACAGAGAAACUAAGUUGACGGAUCUGAUGCAACAUGUCUGACUUUAUCUGCUCAGGAAUGAAAUAUGAUAGUAAGAUACUCUUGUUUUUUCAUGGUCCUCUUAGUUCAUGGAUAAGUUGAUGAACUCGGCAGCAGCAAAUUUAGGAUUAUGCCUUAGAUAACAUAGAAGUCAAACUCAAUUUUUAAUGCUGAUGUGGUACCGUAAUAACCCCUUUUUUUCAAGCAUAUGAAUCUUCUGUCUCUUUCACUGCCUUCACAGUCAUAUGAAUCUUCUGUGUCUUUUUGCUGUAUCCUGGGCUGCUUAUAGCGGGAGCUUCUUCUCACUCCCCAACUUGAAAGUUUGGAAACUUGUCUAUCUCAGAACUUGAGUUCAAAUCCUCCUUGGCUCUUGCUUCAGAAACUGGUGGGUGUGUGACGGUCAUGUCAAUUGCAAGUCUUCCUUUUGUGAAACAGACUUGGGUUUUUAUGGCAACACAAGGUGAAGAAACGUGUAGCAGCAGUUUUUAAGAGCCUUUUCUCAAGAAGUGGGCAAUGUUGGAUUCCAAACAUUUUUUAAAAGAAGGAAAAGUGGAAGUGGCUCUUGCAGCCAUGGGUGAAAUGGGAACAGGGUUUUUGUUGGCUCCCUUGACCUUGGUCAGUUUCUUCAAGUCUGUGACAAUAUGAAGUUUUCUGGAGCUGCAAAAGGAUCUUUGAUUUCAUAACAAGGUCUCAGUUAGAACUCAGUACUGUUGUAUUCAACAAAUGGGUGCAGAUUUAUUUUAAAUUUGUGACACGAGCUCUGCUUGAUGAAUGUUUGAGAAAACUCCUCACUGAGACUUGGAUUCUUGGAAUGAGAUUCUGGUUGGUUUUGCAGAAAAUGAGGAAGGAGAAGCCGCUUUUGGAAUCUUUUCCUGAAUGAAGAAAGAUCAAGUAGGGCCCAUGAAUGAGAACAUUUUGUGUCAACGAGCUGGGAUACGGGAUUACUCCUUCUGUGGAGCAUUAUGCCACAACGGUUGAUGUUCUUGGAAUGGCACAGAAGAUAGCUGGGGCAAAGGAGUUUAUUGGAAAUAUGCCGAUCAAGCCAAGUUCAGUUCGGGCAACACUACAGAAACAAGAUGCAACUGAAACAAAAGGGCAACUCGAUGAACCACUACAGAAAGAAGAUGCAACUGAAACAAAAGGGCAACUCGAUGAACCACUACAGAAACAAGAUGCAACUGAAACAAAAGGGCAACUCGAUGAACCAAAAUCAUCUUCCGGUACGAAGACGAGAAUUAAAACGAAAUUAAAAGGCAGAAUGAGUUUGAACAAAAACAAAUUAAGUAUGAACGCAAAGAAUCCUUGAAGAUUCCAAGGGAAAUACCGAAGGGAGUUUAUUCAUGUUCGAGCGAGGUUCAACAAUACCACUGACUGUUGCUUAUCUACACGGUCAGGCAAUUUCUUGGUCUUCUGGUUCUUGCUAUACUAAAACCAAAGCAAUUGAUCCUGUUCAGAAGGCAGUGAAGCCUGUUGCAGAGAGCAGUCAUGAUAAAGACUCCACGACUGGGACUGCUCAGAAAAAAGAUUUUAGAACUGGACAAAGAACGCCAAGUGUGAUAUUGUACCGAAGCCGAAUAUGAGACCAAAAAUCAUACUGCUAAAAUAUGCAACACCCCAUACAUCAGUACUUCUCUGCUACAGGUCAACAAGGGAAAAGCCUUAAAACAGAGGUCAUCAAGGACACAAGGUAGACGGCGCCAAGAACUCCGAAAGUCCCAUCAUGGCAAGCAGAGGACCACUUCUUUCUAUCAAUUCUGCAGUAGUAGGAAGACCGUUCAAAUCUUGGAGAAUAACAACCUCUAUAUGAAAUGAGCAGCUUUGGUUCAGUCUAUUGACCUGUAUGACAAUCGUCCAGGUGCUUCUCAAGUGCAAUCUGAGCUGCACAGCCGAUCAGAAAAGGAGCCACUGCUACCGGGCCUGGCAGGGCAAUCAUGGGUCAGGUUACAUAUGCUGCAAAGAGAGGGGCAAUGAUUGAAGCCCAUUGUGAAGAAGCAUGCAAAGAAUCCUCUGAGACCCGUGAUGAGAGCCCCGCCUCUUCGGACUAAAUUGCAGAUAUAUAUGGCCUUUGCACGCGGUCAGUUACAAGCAGGAAUGUUGCAAUACCAAUGUAGAACAGGACCUCAAACGAUGAAUUCACAAUUUUCUGUUUUUUAAGUUUUCACCUUCUGUUCCUCUUUUCAUGUUAAUGUUUUUUUAUGGAUUUUUUUGCCUUUAUAAAAAGUUUUUGGUUUUGAGAGUA